GACCUCGACGAUGCCGGAGGGCCACUCUUUUUUACCUCGGAUCCAGUCAGUAUUUUACAGCGUCUUCGAUGUUACUUUUGGGCCCAAAGUCGUCUACCAGGUUCCUGAAGGGCUUAUAGCGACUGGAAUUGCGCCAUCCGACCCUCAGGUUCCAACACUUGCCUCACGCAACUCAAGCUCCUCCUUGGUUUCCCCCAGUCUACCUUCUCCUCAAAAACGCCCGUCAAGCACAACCUUGUUCAACUUCGACGACAUUUCGAAAUAUGUGAUUCCGCAAAGUCAAUUAUGUGGUCGUCUAGUCACUUGCUCGACCAAAGGCCAUCGCAUCAUUGGCUUUCCUGUCCAACUCUCUGGUCCGAAGUAUCAGAGGAACUAUCUGCGAUAUAACUUGUGCUUCGUUUUCAACCGUGAUGCCGACCUAAGCUGUUAUGAACCCAUUGUGCGGAAAGUCAGUCGUGUGUUGACAGCUUGCGAGGAAGAGUCGGAAUUCCUAUCCUCCCCCAAAACAUCCCCAGCAAUCCACGCCAUUUUGGAACAACUAUAUGAAGAUCUCAAUUCUUAUUCCGAGACCUCUAUCCCUAUUGACCGAUUCAACUCCAUCGAACUCAAGAUCUUUCCCUUCUACCCUAACCCACCUCAGGUCAAGGACUGGAUGGUGCCGCUAGCCCUUAUCAACUUAUCCAAGCGAAUUGAACCCAACUGGGAUCUGACUAUGGUCAAAGUCUGUCGACAUAUCGACGGAGUAAACCACAUCAGUCGUAUUGCCCACUUGGCCGACUGCGAUCUCUCGUUGACUCGCAUAGCCAUCUCACAUUUAUUAUACUAUCAAGUAAUCAUGACCAUUGACAUAUUCCAAUACUCCAACAUGUACACUUUACGUGCCAGCGUCCAAAGUCUCGCCACUGAAGCCGACGUAAAGCAGGAAUGUGCUGCUUAUGUGACCAAGCCGGGUCACCAGUUACCGGACUGGCCACAACUAUUGCAUUUGUAUUCGCGGCUCAAGCAGGGGAAAACCGUUUUUGAAUGGAUGGAAAGUCAUCAAGUUCAAUCGUUAGGAAUCGACGUUCGGCGAUUUAUCAGUUUUGGGGUAAUCAAGGGAUUCCUUCGACGAGUGCAUCGGUGGCCAAUUUUACUUCCCCCAGAACCCAUCGCUAAGAAGACGGAGCCUGUUGUCCAAGGCCGGACGAGGAUUAAUAGCCUUUCGGGGUAUUCUCCGCUGCCUUCAACCCCUCCAGUCGAACCAUCUUCCCUUUUAAGAGGAAGGACACCACAAAACACGCCCAUCAUUCCAACUAUCAGUCCUGACUUGAUAUCCUCAAGUAUUCCCAAUGCACGUGCCCCAAUUGUCACUCCAAAUCGUACCCGUCGACCGAGCGCGGCAGAGGCAAUUCUUGAACAACUGCGUCAUCGUGAUAUCCAAAAGUCGGGUCGGGGAGCUAGAACAUCAUGGAUUCAUUAUAUGAAUGAGUCUGAGAUGACGGUCUCUGAGGAAUCGCCAGUUGCUGUCCAACGCAGUGGAGGCUCCGAUUCACGACGUCAGUCACUCAGUACUCUUCCCAUCAACCCACCGCCAUCACCAGUUCAAACCAAAGCGACCUUGGUGCGACCGCAAUCAACAAGCUCACCAGCCCGGCCUCCUCCAAUCGAAGGCUGGUCAAGUAUACCAUAUCCCAAGGCCCUUCCUCCGCUCUUGGAUGGAGAACAUCACACCGAUGAGCUUGCUGUUCUAUUUGAAGCCGGUUGGCCAUUGCUUCAACACUGGUUGACAAUGAUUGGUGGUGGUGAUGGGCCUACAGACAUGGGGCGUGUAGUUAUUGUUUAUCGAUGA